GCAAUGCACACUGGUCUGUUUUGGAAGCAAUGUGGAGAAUUUAGUUGUAGUUCACAAUCAUGAGCAGUGCACCAGAUGCUUGAGACAGACAAAACAUUAUUCUUCUGGGACAUUUACCUAUUGCCUGUCAGCCCGCGGUGAAGAGUGAUCUCAGGGGCUGGAGGAGAAAGAAGUACACACCGAUGCUAAGCUAGCCGACCUAACCUCGGCUUGUGAAAAUUUACAGUAGCCUCAUUUGCUGGACAUAAUGUCACAUACUGAACCUCCACCUCGAUGGCGGAAUUGUCCUAGAAGAGGACAACCAGUUGCAGCUAAGUUCCUGCCAAUGAAAACAAUGCUGGGGCCCAAAUAUGAUGACAAAGUCCCAGAGGAGAACAGAUUUAAUCCAAGCAUGUUAUCAAACUAUUUAAAAAGUCUCAAGGUAAAAAUGGGGUUGUUAGUCGACUUAACAAACACUACACGUUUUUAUGACCGGAACGAAAUCGAAAAAGAGGGCAUUAAAUAUGUGAAACUUCAAUGUAAAGGCCAUGGAGAGUGCCCCUCAACAGAAACCACCGAGAUGUUUAUUAGACUGUGUGGGCAUUUCAUCGAGAAGAAUCCUACAGAAUUAAUAGGUGUCCAUUGCACUCACGGCUUCAAUCGGACAGGCUUUCUGGUCUGUGCGUACCUGGUGGAGAAGAUGGACUGGAGUGUGGAGGCGGCAGUGGCUGCGUACUCCCAGGCCAGAGCCCCCGGGAUCUACAAGGGAGACUACCUCAAGGAACUCUUCCGUCGCUAUGGAGACGUGGAGGACGCGCCCGCCGCCCCGCCAUUGCCCGAGUGGUGCUUCGACGACGACGAUGGUGAUGUGGACGACGACGGGAACGUGAUUGGCCAGGAGUCGGGCCCCAGCUCUUCCGGGUCGGCGCCGGGGAAACGGAAGAAAGAGAGGUUGAAAAUGGGUGCUGUAUUCCUGGAGGGGGUUACAGUGAAUGGUGUCAAACAGGUCACCUCGCAGCCCAAACUGGGAGCGAUUCAACACAAGUGUCAGGAGUUCAGUGAGUGGGAAAAGUCUGGGUUCCCAGGGGCACAACCAGUUUCUAUGGACAGGCGGAAUCUUCGCUUCCUGGAGCAGAAGCCCUACAAGGUCAGCUGGAAGGCCGACGGUACACGAUACAUGAUGCUGAUCAAUGGGAAGAAUGAAGUGUACAUGAUUGACAGAGACAACCAGGUCUUCCAAAUAGAAAACCUCGAAUUUCCUUUCCGAAAAGAUCUCCGUGUCCACUUAGCCAACACUUUACUGGAUGGGGAGAUGAUCAUCGACAAGGUGAACGGACAGCCCGUUCCGCGCUACCUCAUCUACGACAUCAUCAAAUUCAAUGGCCAGCCUGUUGGCCUGUGCGAUUUCAACAUCCGGCUGUUAUGCAUGGAGAAAGAGAUCAUCUCACCCCGGAUGGAGAAGAUGAAAGCUGGACAGAUUGACAAAACAAAGGAGCCCUUCAGCGUGCGAAACAAGCCCUUCUUCGACAUCCAUGCGUCCCGGAAGCUCCUGGAAGGCAGCUUCACCUCCCAGGUCAGCCAUGAGGUGGACGGCCUCAUCUUCCAGCCGUGUGGGAAAUACAAGGCAGGGAGAUGUGACGACAUCCUGAAGUGGAAACCUCCGAGCCACAACUCUGUCGACUUCCGCCUCAAGAUCACCAAAGUCGGAGGAGAGGGGUUACUCCCCCAGACUGUUGGAUUGCUUUACGUUGGCAGCUAUGACAUGCCCUUUGCACAGAUGAAGGCCACAAAGGAGUUGAAAAUGUACGACAACAAGAUCAUCGAGUGCACGUUUGUGAACAACACGUGGGUGUUCAUGCGACAGAGGAUAGACAAGAGUUUCCCCAACUCCUACGACACAGCCAUGGCUGUGUGCAACAGCAUCCAGCAUCCCGUCACAAAGGAAAUCCUCUUUGAGUUUCUGGACCGCUGCGCCCAGGGAGCCCAAACACAGAACCGGAAACACCCCCCCGACCCAGACGCAGAGCUCAUGCCCCCACCACCCCCCAAAAGACCCAACCGGGACACCCCGUAGGGCCCCAGCGGGCGGCUGCAGACCGCAGGGCCGACCCGGCCCCGGACCGCAGGGCCAAACUGGACCUGAACAGCAGUGUGUUUGGGGCUGGUACAAGGUCCUCCAAGGCUACGGCACUUGAUCCUGCUUCCUGCAAAGACACAGACUUCUGAAAAAGCCCUUCAUCCCUGAGCGUGUUUAUCAGCCUCUGAUACACACUCAGGCCCCUUUUAACACAAGACUUUCUUAAGAUCUUGUUGACCGUAUAGACUCUGUUAGGUAUCCUGCAUAGUGUCUUAGCUUUAAUUCUUAUCAUUCUCAUUAAAAUCAAAUUCUAAGGAUGGAUUAAGGUUUUGUUUUGUUUUUUAAUUUAUUGUCUUUCCUUUUUUGAGAGCGAUCCCGAUUAAUCUACCCGGCAACAGUGGAAUCGAUGUUAUGACUACAGCCCCACCUGACUAUGCAGAUCUUGAUGAAGAUCUCAGUAAAUGUUUUGUCUAGUUGUUUGUUUUGUUGUUUAUUUUUCGUUUGGCAGUUAGGUGUCGGGGGGGUGUUGAGACCAGAGAAGCCCAGUGUUGGUCAUCCUUGCCCACUUCAUCUUGGUACAGUUCAAUAAAGGAACGCACAAGCCAAUACCGAUCACAUGACGUUUGAAGUGGUGUUCUAAAAUGCUUUCGACACGCAAGCGAUUGACUUUGGAUAUUUUUGAAACUAAUGUGUCUGCAUGUCAUCAAAUACAAAAGCAUCCAUAACAUGGUGGUCUUUUGAUAUGACAAUGUCAUUGGCUACAUUUGAACCAAUAGCAGUAGGUCUUUGUUCUCCUCCCCCAAUGGUUUUAGUUUCCGUGGAAACAUACGUGCUCUCUGCUUUUGUAACCGCUCCUGGGACGUCCCGCAGGUGUAGUCAUGGUGAUUAGCAUCUGAACAUUUGUUGUUUGGUUUGAUUUAUUAAAGCAAUACAUGUCAAA